AUGUCUUUGCACUUGAGGGACGAAGCUGGAGGGAACGAGCCUGAUAUGCUUAAACUCAUUGAACUCAUGCACACAAAUAAAAAGACAGGUGUAAAGGACAAGAAGGUGGUACAGAUUACUGAGACAGUUAGGUCUCAGGUAAACCAGAUUGCUUCUCAACGGCAGACUCAAGGAGAAGGCCCCAUGACACAAGCGGAGAUUAAUGCUGUUGUUGUUAGAAGGUUAGUGGAUAACAUGCACAUGUCUUUUCCAUGCAACUCUAAUGCAGCCCAGGGAGAUCACGAGCAACUGCGAGAGGAGGUGAAGACGUUGAAGAAGAUUCAAAUUGAGAAAGAUGCUCAAAUCAAAUUUCUCUUAAAUUGCAACAAGUUAUUCCUUGAUAAGUUAGGCAUUUGUCCACCGUCUCCUUUGUCAUCUCCAAUGGACGAGGAUGAAUCAGAGACUCAAGAAAAGAUCAUGGGAAUUUAA